AUGUCUUUCUUCAAGGGACUACUACUCGCAAAGAAAAAACUUUUUUCCUCUGCCUCUGCUGAAAGGCGGAAGAAGGAGAAGGAUUGUUAUUUAAAGAAUGGAAGUUGUGUGCUUGAGGAGCUUCUUGCUUUAUGCGACGGAAAUUGCAGAAUUCCCAUCCGGUACUACACUUCCAUAGAGAUCCACAAUGCAAUUAGACACUCUAAAACCACAAUAAUGGAGCUUGCUGAUGAGUCUAUGGUUACAGGAUCGCUAGACAACCGCCCCAUUUUAGUUAGGUUCAAUGAACGUACAUUCAAGAAUAUCCACCGAGAUAUAGCAAUUACUGCUCAGAUGAGUCAUCUGAAGAAUGUGUUGAGACUUGUCGGUUGCUGUCUAGAAUUUGAAGAAGCAGUUAUGGUGUAUGAAUAUAUUGAAGAUGAUCACGUCUCUGGGUUCUCCGCGAUUUCCGGUGAUUUUAGGCGUGAAGAAGACGAAAGCAAGGAACUACUACUACUCACAAGGAAAACACUUUUUUCCUCUGCCGAUGCUGAAAAGCGGAAGAAAGAGCAUGAUUGUUAUUUACAGAAUGGAAGUGCGGUGCUUGAGGAGCUUCUUGCUUUAUGCGAUGGAAAUUGCAGAAUUCCCAUCCGAAAGACAGCGUAUGAUAUUAUAGAUAGAGUGAAUUCAAAAGAGACAACAGAUAUUGAUGAAGAAGACUCUGUUGAAGAAGAUAACUUUAUGGAUUCUGUAAUUCUGGAAGAGACAAUAGAUUUUAAAAAUUUUCCAACCAAUUUUGUCGAUCGUUAUAUUAAAGAGAGUAAUGUAGUGGAUAUUGCAGAUCCUACUAUCUUAGAAGAACAUGGAAUUGAGAUUCAACAACAAUUGGAGGACUACUUGGAUCUCGUUAAGAAAUGCACAACUUUGAAAGGAGAUGAUAGACCAUACAUUAUUCAUGUCGCAAGGGAAUUAUGUUGA